CAGGGCAGCUCACUUAUGACUUCAUUCACAUCUCUAAAUCAUCGAGGAAAGACCUAGAUCAGAAGAAAUGUAUUCAGAGCUUGAGUGCGGAAUUUGUUACCGGACCUACACCGCAGGUCGGCGGUGUCCCCGGGAGCUCCACUGCAAACACAGCUUCUGUGAGAGCUGCCUCCUGGUCCUCUACCGACACCUGGGAUCCCCUGAGGCACGUCUGGAAGCUGACAGGUUCAUCGUGUGCCCUCUGUGCCGGCAAACAACAUCCAUCUCCGGCGAGGGGGGCGUGCGCUCCGAGCUGAGGGUGGAUGAGUGCGCACUGGAACGGCUGCUGGCAGCGGGAGUCCUGGAAGAGGAGGGCCAGCAUGAGGACGGCUGUGACGACAACGAGGAGGCGACGCUUCCAGAAACUCCAGGCGAGGAGAGUGAUCCGUCACUGGGCGCCAGGCGUGGGCCGCCCCGGCGGUUUUGGAGGAAAGUUUGGCGGAAAAUUGUUGGGAAGAGCGCACGGCAGAGGGGCGGAGACAACUCUAUAACCAGUGAUGACUUGAAGAACAUCGCCAUGAUGUCCUGCCUCAUGUUUUGAGCUGUCUGCAGCUUCAGAUACCCUGGAUAAUGUGAUGCUGUAUUUAUUUUCUGCUUUGUGGAAACUUGGCAACAUAGACUUUUGCUGGCAAGACACAUGAACACAGUCAACAAAAUGCUUUAAGUUAUCCUUUCAGCCUUUGUGAUAGCUUUUUUUUUAACUGAUGACCAAUAUGUAGCUGCUCAAAUGAAACUGAGUUGCUGAACCUUAUUUUUUCAUGAAUGUAUUUAUUUUGGAAUAUAUUUGUUACAUAUUUAAGGAACAAUAAAAGAGUUCUGGUUUCAAUUUG